AAAAAACUGUGACGAACUGUCAUCAUCAGCAAACGGAGGAAAAUCCGAGUCGAAAGUUUUUCUUCAGCUGGACGGUGACGAAGUUUUCUGUUUCAGUUCCUAGAAUUUGUGCAAUUUUCGGUCUGUGACGAAUGCCGUCGAAUAGCCUCCCUCGACACUGACUGGAACGAACAAUUGCAAUCAUAUGACUACGGCGGGCGGUUUCAUCUGAGGAACGACGACCACGUUCUGGCUCUAGUGGGUUCUGGGCCCAUAAUCAUAUCCCACAGGCCGUUCGUUAUGCAAUAGUAGUUCCAGAUCGAGACACCGAAGGUUGCAGACCUCCGAUCUCCCGCACGUUAUCGUGAUUAUUAAUAAAAUUGAUUAAAUUGUUGGCAUCGGUUCCCGAUAGUGGUGCUUGGAAGAGUUGGAAAAAAAAGUCACGCAAUCUCAGCGCAAAAGUGUCGUCAAUGAUUGUCGUCGUCGUUGCUUUACCGCGGUCCGUGGCGAUAUCGUAGUUGUGAAGUGAACAACCAGAGAGACAAUUCGCGUUUGUGUAGUUCCUUCAGUUGCAGCCGGUUAGUCUUUAUCAGCCUGCCGCCAAGAUGAGUAUGAGUUCGUAUACCGAGAGUUCCUCCGAGGAGGACGAUCUGUCGCCACGGGACAAGGUUCAGCAGAACUCCAAGGGAUUCGCCGAUUUCUGCGUGCGGAACAUCAAGCAGCACUCGUUCGGUCGGCAUGAGAUCGAAAUCGCCGAACAGGAAAUGCCCGGAAUUAUGGCCCUGCGGAAGCAAGCCCUCGAGGACAAACCGCUGAAGGGGGCCAACAUUGUCGGCUGUACACACAUCAACGCCCAAACGGCCGUCCUGAUUGAGACGCUGAUCAACCUGGGUGCUAAUGUGAGAUGGGCUGCCUGCAAUAUCUACUCGACACAGAAUGAAGUGGCCGCUGCCCUGGCGGAAAGCGGCGUGCCGAUCUUUGCCUGGCGAGGUGAGAUCGAAGAGGAUUUCUGGUGGUGCAUCGAUAAAUGUGUCCACGCGGAAAACUGGCAGCCGAACAUGAUCCUUGACGAUGGCGGCGAUGCCACGCAUCUGAUGCUGAAAAAGUACCCCGUCAUGUUCAAGAUGAUCAAGGGAAUCGUGGACGAAAGCGUGACCGGAGUGCACCGCUUGUACCAGCUGUCCAAAACGGGCAAACUGACGGUACCGGCCAUGAACGUUAAGGAUGCCAUCACCAAGACCAAGUUCGAUAGUUUGUACAGUUGUAAAGAGUCGGUCAUUGAUAGUUUAAAACGUGCCACGGAUAUUAUGAUCGGUGGCAAGCAGGUCGUCCUGUGCGGCUACGGUGAGGUUGGCAAAGGUUGUGCUCAAGCCUUGAAGGCGCUCGGUUGUAUUGUGUACGUAACGGAGAUCGAUCCGAUUUGUGCCCUGCAGGCUUGCAUGGAUGGCUUCCGUGUGGUCAAGCUGAACGAGGUGAUAAGGACGGUUGACGUCGUGAUCACGUGCACCGGAAACAAGAACGUGGUGACCCGUGAGCACAUGGACAAGAUGAAGAACGGUUGCAUCGUGUGCAACAUGGGCCAUUCCAACACGGAGAUCGACGUCAACAGUCUGCGGACCUCGGAACUGCAGUGGGAGAAGAUGCGUUCCCAGGUGGAUCACAUCAUUUGGCCUGGCCCCGAUGGGAAGCGCAUCAUCCUGCUUGCCGAGGGACGGCUGGUGAAUCUGUCUUGCUCAAGCGUGUCGUCGUUCGUUGCGUCGAUCACGGCCGCUACUCAAGCGCUGGCACUAAUUGAACUGUUCAACGCACCGCCCGGACGGUACAAGGCGGACGUGUAUCUGCUGCCGAAAAAGAUGGACGAGUACGUUGCCAGUUUGCAUCUGCCCACGUUGGAUGCCCAUCUGACGGAAUUGACCGACGAUCAGGCGCGCUACAUGGGUCUGAACAAAGCCGGUCCCUUCAAACCAAACUACUACAGGUAUUAGUUGUUCGUAUUGCGUAACAAAAGUAAGCUGCAAUUGUAAAGCAUUUUCCGGGAAACAAAAAUGGAGGAAAAAGUAUUUAAUUUAAGAGUUCGAUCGGGAUUUUUCAUUUUGUUUGGAAACAAUUUAGCGCAUGUAGAAACAAAUAAUAUCGCAGACGACGGGAAAAAUGUACCGGACUUAAAAUUGGCCAAGCUACUUCUGGACAAGUAGUACCGUAGACAAUUUUUAGAAUCGUAGAUUUAAUAGAGACAAAAUGAUGAAAAUGAGUAAGGCAACGCGCAGCAAAAUUAAGAAAAAAAAAGUAAGAAACGAAACUCUUCCGCUUCCACUAUUAUGCAAAAAUAGGAAAACGAAACAAGCUGAAUUAUACACUGUUACAAAAUCGCAAAUUAACAAAAAAAAAAAAAACUAUAUUAGAAUCGGGAAAAGAGGUAACAAAAUCACGAGGGAAACGGACAGGUCCCAUUUAUCAACUUAAACGUUUUGUCGUUUUUCCUAUUUUUCGGUGCACACGUUAUCAACGAUGCUCUAAUUCGAUGUGUCAAUUAUAACGAUUAGUUACUGAUACGUUUUGUGUGCGAUUUAUAUGGCGGCAGCGAAAACAAACAAACAAACAUUACAGAGCGGAAGUUCUUUCCCACGCUUUAUCGCCAAUCCAAAUUACAUUGAAUUUGGUCGAUUCGAACAGGGUAAAUACACACUUGAUCGAUAAACAACCCAAUAAAAAAUCACAUAUACACGAAAUAUCGCACCAUUCACCGUUAGGACUGCAUUUUUUGUUUUCAGAACUCUAUCAAGGCAUUUACAUUAGCGAAACGCAAAACUGCUCCACCGGGAUUGAGGGGGGCUGCGUCCCCUUCGAUUGUUAUCCUUACAGUAUAAAUUGAAGAAUAGCGAUUUCUUUGGUCUAACUUUUGCGCGCACGCAUUCAAUCCACUACCUAGUACAUAUUUGCAGCAGUAGACGCGUAUUACUAUUAUUAUUAUGAUUAGUUACAAAAGCUAUUACUAUGCACCUUAUGAUUAUGAUUAUCAUUGAUAAAUUUCAGCCGAGCGGUAGCAAUUGCACAGUGAAGUUAAGAAUAUAACAACAAUUUUUAAGGCG